AUGGCAUUUACCUCUGACCCCAUGAAAACACUGGUGGCAAAAAUCAACAAGAGUCUGAGUCUGAUGAGGAAUCAACAGGCAAUAUCCGAGACCGAUUGGCGACAGAUGAAACCACAAGAUGCUGCUAUAGCACGCUUCUAUGUUCUGCCAAAGAUCCACAAACCAAACGUUCCCUUACGGCCAAUUGUGGCGCUGAAUGGCACACCUGCCUACGGUCUGGCUAAGUGGCUUACCAAACAUCUGAAGAAGCUGACGGAAGGCUCAGAACACACCGCUAUAUCCCCAACACACUUCCUGGAAAGAGUCCGAGGCGUCAAAAUAGCCCCUGACGAAAUAAUGGUGUCAUUCGACGUUGUCUCUCUUUUCACCUCCAUCCCUAAAGAAUUAGCCACGACGGUCAUAAGUGACCUACUGCAGAGGAGGUACGAUGAAGAGGAAAGACCUCUGAAAAGGAAGCACAUAAUGGAGCUACUGGAAUACUGUUUGAGCACGUACUUUACGUUUAAUGGUCAGGUGUACGAGCAAAUCCAGGGAACUCCAAUGGGAUCACCAAUUUCCGGCUACCUAGCUGAGGCGGUUCUACAAGAACUGGAAACGCGGGUCUUUCAGUCCUACAUGCCAAAAUUCUGGAAGCGCUACGUCGAUGACACCUUUGUCAUUCUACCUCGAGACAUGAAAGAGACGUUCAAAAACAAAUUGAACUCAAUCUUCCCCCAAAUUCAAUUCACAAUGGAGGAAGAAAAGGACGGAGAAAUCCCCUUUCGGGAUGUCCAGGUGUCGAUACAGGAAGACGGGGCCCUCCACACUGGUGUCUUUCGAAAGGCAACUGAUACGGCGAAAAUCCUCCAUUGCAGCAGUAACCACCCCUUGUCACAUAAACGCAGCUGCGUGCGGACGCUCUUCCUACGCAUCAACACACACUGCAGCACAGAGGCUGAAAAGCUGCGAGAGCGUAAAUCCCUAUGGCGUCUCUGUCUCUCCAAUAGGUACCCACGUUGCUUCAUAAACAAAUGCCUGUAUCAAAGGCACACGAAGACCGCCGGUGAACAAAAACAAAAGCCUGAAAUCUUCCGUGCUUUGCCCUACGUGAGUGACGUUUCCGAAGCCACUGAACGCAUGCUCAGACCACUCCACGUCGGCCUUGGACACCGGCCGGAGGUCACUAUCCGCCGCUUGCUCAUGCAGCCUAAGGGGCGGCUACCACCUGAGGACACGUCAGGAAUUGUUUACUGCGUCAACUGUCUAGACUGUCCGGCCAACUAUUGUGGCAUGACCGACAAACGAUUAAGGUCGCGCAUGCAUGAGCAUUCUCUAGCUGUAAAGCGAAAAGAUGUGCGAUCACAUGUUGCUAUGCAUAGCCUGGAAAAUAACCAUUAUUUCGGCUUCGACAAGGCAGAAGUAAUCGGUCGGGCUGAAAGCAAAAUGGCGAGGGAGAUAAUCGAAGCCUGGCAAUCCAACGCCAACUCGAUCAACCGUAGGAUCGACCUACCGGCGCCAUACGAGGCCGUCAGACACCACUUGGGCAGGAAAGGAGGGCCAAUAGGGAGAGAGAACAAUGGACCUAUCAGUAGUGAGUAA